AUGACGAUCUCCGUAGCUACCAGCAGUGCGGAGAUGGAGCGCCUGAGCGCGGCAAGGGAAGGCUGGAGGCCCAUCCAGGCCACUAUAUGUGGAGGAGGGAACGGUGCCCAUGUCGCUGCGGGUUUCUUGGCUUCUCGUGGCAUCAGGGUAAACGUCUUCACUCGACAGUCCAAGCGCUGGGGCGACGCCAUCACCCUGUCCACGGAAGGCAGCAGCUGGGAGAAGCGAGGCACGAUCACCGGGGCCCUGAACCUGGUAACCGGGGACGCGUCCCAGGCCUGCGCGGGCUCAGAGGUGGUGAUUAUUGCGGCGCCCGCCAACGCCCAUCCCGACCUCCUCCGGGCGGUGGCUCCUUUCGUGGACGACGGUGCAGCAGUGGGUGCACUCUUCGCACAGGGCGGCUUCGACUGGGCUUGCGUGCACUCGAUGGGGUCACACGUUAACCGCGUGGGGUGCCUUUUCGGACUCCAGAACAUCCCGUGGAUUUGCAGGAUCAACGAAUACGGGAAGUCGGCUAUAGUCGUAGGUCCAAAGAAGAAGCUUUACGUGGCGUCCUACCCCGUGGAGCAGCGGAACGAGAUGGCCCUCAGGGUGGAGGCCAUGUUCGACAUCCCGUGCGGAACGGUCCCCAACUUCCUCAACCUCACGCUGACACCGUCCAACCAGAUCUUGCACCCUGCUCGGUACUACGGGAUAUUCUGGGAUUGGGACGGGACCAAGACUUACUCCAAGGCGGAGCUGGAGGAGCGGAAGGGACUGACGUUGUACGACAACUUCGACGAGUUUUCGGCCGAGACUCUCGCGGCCAUCGACAACGAGCUGCAACAGAUCAAGCUCGCUCUCCUCCAGCGGUUCCCCCAGCUAGACCUGUCCUCGGUUUUCCCGAUUGGCCAGCGAGUGAAGCUGCACUACGGCGAAGACGUGUCGGACACGAGCUCCCUCAAGCAGAUCUUCUGCUCCAACAUCGGUUACAAGGGCUGCCCAACGCCUCUGAAGGAGUUUUCACCCGGUCGGUUCGGGCCCAACGUGGACACUCGCUUGUUCUGGGAAGAUAUCCCCUUCGGCCUCUGCAUCCUCAAGAAUCUUGCCGAGAUGCUCGGUAACUUCCCGACCCCGACGAUGGACUUCCUCAUCCGGUGGCACCAGAAGCCGAUGGGCCUCCAGUUCCUCACGCCGGAGGGGCAGCUCAACCCCCAGCUGCUGGAGCGCACGGGCGCCCCGUACAAGUACGGCAUCCACUGCCUCGAGGAUUUGGUCAAGACGUGCAUGCCGCAGGCACUCCUGAACUACAAACACCCGCGAGCCCGGCUGUGAAUAGACGAGAUAGUAGAGAGCAGCGGCGGCGGCGGCGGCGGCGGCGGCGGCAGCAGCACAGCUGCGUUCCUGCUUGGUCUAGCGAGGGGAACGAUGAUAUUGUUGUGGUGUCAAAAAGGAUCGCCAAUGAUGCGUUUAGCGACGGAUUCAUAUGUCCGGUAGUGUUCUGGAGGCAUCCACACGGCGGACGGACUAGGUAGCUACGGCUUGGGGGUGUACAGAUAUUUGCCGGGUGCUGCGGUGAGUGGUGAGCAAGGAGUGAUGUUGGGUGCCUAUUUGCUUGGCCAUCCGGCGAGAGUGUACGGGUGAGAGAGAGGGCUACAGACCAAAUAGCCUGAAACCUUUUUGUUUGUUGUGUUGCGUUCAUUCUACAGUAAAAUGGCCUGGUAAGUUGGGGAAAAAAAGACGCACCUGUUGUUUACCAACACGUGAGCGAAAUUUACCAGGUGGUUGAGGGAGGUGGCGUUUGCUACGGCGUACAACACCGCGCUUUCGGAGGGGGGCCUUUUGAUCCGCGUCUCGUGCCUUCUGCUAUGACGGUGCUGUCUGUGAAGCUGACAAGAAGAGUCAGUUGGAGAACUGGGAGACCUUAGGUUCGUGUUCCAUGGGACUAUAUUAUAUCUACACCCAAAAGCUGGUGAGUUCCGAUGGGGCUACUUUUGGUUGAGCGACAUGGUGGUCGUCAAGUGUUGUG